GGAAACACGCACUGAGCUGCUUUAAUGUCCUGCAGCAAAAACACAUUUAAAUACAAAAACAGCAUUUUUAAUCUAAGUGUAUACAGUUUCUUAAUAUCCAACCAAGAUGUUUGUGGAUGAGCGAAUUGUAACCCUUUUCAAAAGAAAUGCGCAUCAUACACUAACUUAUUGGAGUCUUUUCUUCAGCUUUGGACUCUGCAUUGCUUUCCUCGGACCCACAAUUUUGGAUUUGCAGUGUCAAACAAACUCUACACUUAGUCAGAUUACCUGGGUUUUCUUUGCUCAGCAGUUCUGCUUGCUGAUUGGCAGCUCGAUUGGUGGUGUUUUCAGGAAAACGUUGUUCAGCGCUCUGGCAGCCUUGUGCGUCUCAGCUCUCAUGAUCUCUGUUAUUUUUGCCAUCAUCCCAUUGUGUAACAAUGUCCUGGUGCUGGCAAUUGCCAUGGCUGUGUCUGGGUUGGCCAUGGGUAUUAUUGACACCAUUGCUAACAUUCAGCUGGUGACCAUCUAUCAGAAGGACUCUGCUGUUUUCUUACAGGCUUUGCACUUCUUCAUUGGGUUUGGAGCCCUGGUGAGCCCACUGAUUGCAGAUCCUUUCCUUUCUGAAACUGGGUGUGGGAACCUCACAGAGAACGGGACUGAGAUCAUGCAUCAUUUCAGGAACAUGCUGAGAAACAGUCCAAUUGCAGAGCACAACAUAAAUCAGACUGACCUUCCCCAUGAGGCAAACGAAGGAUCCACAGUGCAUUACGCUUUUUGGAUCAUGGCAAUUAUCAAUCUGCCUGUGCCCAUUGCAGUCCUGUUCCUGAUUUACCGGGAGCAGCUUAUCCCAUGCUGCCCCGGUGGCACGCCACGUCUUUUGGACAAAGAUGAGCUUGCAAUGGAGAACCAGCAGCAGGCUGAAGGCCCUGACUCUGAGCAGACAGAACAUGAUGUGGGAGGCCACGGGAACAUCUUCAGCUGCUGUCAGAAUGAUAACAUGCGCGGGCUGCCAGUCUCCUUCUUUAUGAUUCAUAUCCUCGGAGGAAUGGUGCUCUUUAUGACCGAUGGCAUUGUGGGCGCAUACGCUGGCUUUGUGUACACGUACGCUGUGGCUCCACCAAUGUCACUGCCCAAUAAGACAGCAGGUUACCUGGCUAGCAUAUUCUGGGCAGCGAUCACUGCUGGACGUCUCUUGUCUAUACCCCUCUCAUACCGCUUCCAGCCGGGGAGACUGCUCAUGUUUAACCUGGCCGGUGCGAUUGUCACUGUGUUGAUGCUCCUGAUUUUCUACACCAGCAGUGUUUUUCUGUUUGUUGGAACAUGUUUAUGUGGUCUCUUCCUGAGCAGCAUAUUCCCAUGCAUGCUUGCCUACACAGAAGACAUCCUUGACUAUCAGGGCUGUGCAACUUCAGUCCUAGUUACAUGUGCAGGAAUGGGAGAGAUGGUGAUGCAGGUCCUUGUUGGCUCAAUUAUUCAGUCUAAAGGCAGCUACAGCUUCCUGCUAUGUGGGAUGAUAAUCGCCUGCAUUGGCUUUAUCCUCUUCAUUGGUCUCCUGCUGUUCCAAAAAAUGCACAGAAACUACCUCACAGGUACUUCAAAGAAGUCUGCAAUGGUGGAGGAGCCAGAUACAGCAAGGCAAAAUGGGACAGCCAAAACAGAGCAAACAGAGAGCCAAGAAAGCAGCUGAGAGGAGCAGCAAAAGUUUUGGUUGGUUUUUAUUUCGCUGUGAAGAAAAAAUCUUGCAACAAUCAACAAAGACAUUUGCCAGCAACACCUGAAUGAACAUUUAUUCAGGUUAUUCUCCGUUAAAAUGGCUUAAGCACAGCCAUUGUUGAUGAAAAUACCUUAACAAUUUUUGUUUAAUUUCCUCUUGUAAAUCAAUUUCUAAUAAACCUUGAAUUUGUAUUUCUCCUAAAAAUCUUAAUUGUAUGAAACUAAUCUUACAGAGACCAUUUGAUCUGUUUUUCCUGGUUGUUUUCACAUAUUUUACCAUAUGUGUAUAAAUGUGUAACAUAAUCCCA